GAGGAGAACGACAACGACUUCGAUGCUGUUUCACAGUAGAUUCAACGUUAAAUAUAUUUUUUGCUUAAGUAGAAUUCCGAACAGAUGCUUGAGGACGUUUGCGAGGAUGACCAGACCAUUUGUUAUCGGAAUUAGCGGGGUAACAAAUGGUGGUAAAACUACAUUAGUAUAUAAGUUGAAACAGAAGUUUCCAGGAUGUCCAGUGAUUCAUCAAGACGAAUUCUUUUUGCCACCCAACCAUGCAGGUCUCCACACUGACCCAGAGCUGGGACAUGCCAAUUGGGAUGAACUGGCAGCAUUAGACAUGGAGAAAAUGAUGAAUGUUGUACAGAAGUCCAUCAAUGAUCCUGGUACUUAUCACAGUCAGGAUGGGACUCCACCUCUUAUCUUUGUAGAAGGUUUUCUACUGUACAAUUACAGGCCUUUGGCAGAGGUGUUUGACAAGAAAUAUUUCCUCACUUUACCCAAAGAGGAAUGUUUUAAGAGAAGGUGCAAAAGGCGUUACCACCCUCCAGAUCCUCCUGGUUACUUUGAGAAGAUUUGCUGGCCAAUGUAUUUGAAAAACAAGGCUGAAUUGAAAGACCAGGAGGAUAUUGUGUACCUGGAUGGAAUGGACAACCAGUGGAUGCAUUUUGAUCUGGUUUAUGAGGAUAUCCAGGAACUAGCAAAGAAAAUAGAAGUGGCAUAAGUCUCAAGUGCUCAUUUGAAGCAAAAAAUUACGCAAAGCAUAGCCAUUUAUAUUUCUAUAUUAAUUUAACAGAUAGUUUUUUUAUUGUGAGUUGAAAUUGGUUAACCUUAAAUAUGUCAUUAAUUUUUUGUCAAUUAUAUUUUUGUCUGAGAGAAUAUGAUUAGGACCCAUAGAUGGAAUUUGCUGAUGGAUAACUUCCGUCAUAAAAUACAAGUAGGUUCGUUGGAUGUGCCAAAAAAAUCAGCCAAUGUAUGUGAGAUUUUCUUCAAUAUCUGUAUCAUUUUUACAAAUCUACAAACCCCAAAAUGUUGUUAGGUAGAUAAAUUUUUUUCUUUUAUAGGCCCGAGGCAGUUUUCUGGGGAAAUGCAAUGAUUUGUAAAAUCUGAGGGUCUGCAGGUAGAAGAAUUGGUGCAAUUUACCAAUGCAUUAACUUUUUUUCAAAAUGAAAUGGUGUUAGUGAUCAGAAAAUCUUUUAAAGAUUCUGAAAAUAUGUCACUUUUGUAACCAAACACAAUUCUUGUUUUUGCAGUAUUGCCCCAAGUUUUUCAAUUCAGGUACUCAGAAACUAUGUAUCUAAAUAAACUGGGCGUUUACCAUGCACACUUUUUUCUAUUUUACCUUUUUCUUACAUUGGAAAAAUGUAAUCAUUUUGCAGUGGCAGUGCACACUAUUCUAAUAUUUCUUUUUACAUUUCAUUUUUAUAAGGUCUGACCUAAAAUGAACAAGGUUGUGAAUGGUAGAUGUUUAAAAGUCAUUUUUUAGUCAUUUUGAAAAUGAAAAAUUUGAAAUUGAGAAUGACAAAUUUCAACAUAACAUGACAUUUGUUAGUCUAUGUUCCUCUCAGGGGGGGCAGGGUAGCAUGAAAAUUCAUGCGUUAGCACUCCUAUUGACGAUUGCUAACAGCACAGAUAGCACAUAUCAGAAUCGUCAAUAGGAGUGCUAACGCAUGAAUUUUCAUGCUAGGGGGCGGGGGUAGUCUUCCUUUGUACAUAUUAUUGUAGGGAGUUUAUACAGGAGGACCAAGAGGUUUUAAAAUGAAAAAUCAUAUUUAGUUUAAGGUAUGCCUGUUGAGCUUCAAUUUUAGCCUGUACACUUUGUAGUAAAAAUGUAAUAUUUUUUAUUUUAAAAAAAUUGAAGUUGAAUAAAUAUCUCACUCCUUUUAUUGC